CUACUAUUGAAGCGGCAUUGAACAUGCGCUAGGCGAGGGAAUCAAGUCAUUGAUAAGAGGAUUUAACACGACGACACAGGACGAUAACGGCUUAGACAAAAGAUAUCAACGGGAGGAGGUGGAGGGGGAUCCGAUAUAAAGAGAUCAUAGCCAGCAAAAGCAACCAUCGCCAGAAAGAUAUGAGUGCAGGUCCCAGCAAGAAUAACGACACGGUCGGGUCGCUGUUGGCCAGCAUUGCGACCUACUUGAGCGACUCACUCCGCGCACUCAGAUUUGCCGACAAGCGCCACUGGGGCCCUGAUGAGUUUGAGCAGAUCCGCGCCCUUGAAGAUGCAUUGGAUGAUGCAAAGACGGAUUUCCAGGAACUUGGUGUCUUGGUCAAUGGGCAGUUUUACUAUGAAGGAGACAGGACUCCCGAAUCUCUCAACGAACUGCGCGCCCUCCUGAUCAAAUACGAAUUUCACGCCCGCAACUUCAAAGACUGGAUCCGGCAAGGCGGGCCCAUCAACCCAACCUGGCUCAGCGAGACCAAGGAACUCCAACUAGAGCUUCAUCGCACCCAAUGCCACGCCGCUCGGCGCAUAUUCGCGGCCGAGCAGGAAGGGACGUGGAUGCGAUGUCUGGGCGCCUACCAGGUGUAUCGCCAGCAACGAAGGAACGAGGAAGCUGAGCGAAUACGGAAGCAGAAGGAAGAGGAGAAGCGGGAAAAGGAGACUAGGGAAGGGGCAGGGGGGAAGCAGCAGCACAGGGACCUGGAGAGGAUACCGCCGUGGCAACGGCAUGAGUAUCAGCAACACCAACAGCAGCAGCAAGGGAAAGGGCCAACGGAUGAAGGGUUACGGCCGGCGUUGAGAAGGGGGAGGAGGUUAAGCCUUGAGGAUCUGGUUCCAUGCUGCAACGCGGUCGGGAGGUUCGAGAGGUUUGGGGAGCACGACGUGGCCUUUGUGUGCGACUUUUGCGACGGGUUCAUCGUCUGGCCGGAUCUACAGAGGAUGCCAUCUACGAGGACGGCGUUGGAUCAGUCGAAUGGAGGAGGGAGUACAAGUACGGCGACAAGUACUCUUCCGACGUCAACGACGACAGCGACAAACUCUCCCAGGAAGCUCAUAUUACCGACCAUAGUGACGGCAUCAUACCCAGCAGCAACAAAUCCCCAACUUUCAGGAACCACCACAACAGCACAAACAGAAACAACAACAGAAACCACAUACCCCCACUGGCAAGCCCAAGGCCUAAGUGCCAAAACAGGCGAAGCCAAAACCGUCGUCUUCGCGCCGAUAGCGAUAGCGAACCACAUGGCUCCCGUCCCCGGCGACUGGCUGGCGAGGAUAUGGUGCCCCUACUGCGACGAGUACACGUACGUGGAUCAGGGCGAGGACAGCGAGGAUGAGGUGAAGUGGGCGCAGGACGAGAGGGGGUUCGAGGACUUGGCCAGCUUUCAGGAGCAUCUGGAGUGGUAUCAUACGGCGCUACCGGUGCCGAGUAUACCGGCGUUAUUGCCGAAGGCGGCGGGAAGUUGUUUGGUUAUGUGAUGGCGGUUGUCACGGGUGGUUCGAGUUUGGGCUUAGUGUCCAGGGUCUCU